AUGGACAAAACUCUUGUGAAUUCUAACCCGGAGAAGCUCCCGUUUGGUGAUUAUAACAUGGUGGCGCCAUUUUGGUCUGACAUUGAUCUGAAAGGGACAAAAUUCGCUGACAUAUUCUACCAUCUGUACGACAAAUACUCCGUCUCAAACACCACUGAGGCGGAACACUUCCUGAAGUCAGCAGUGUCAAUCCUGCAGUCUCAUGACUCGGUGUCUGAGAACUUCACCAUUACAACAGCCCUCCUGGUCACGUGGGAUCAUGUCAGUCCUUACCCGGCGUUACAAACUGCUCCUUACCAGAACACGACGUUCCAGCUGCUGCUUGUGACUGACGGGGACGAGACAUACGCUGUGUACCUGUACGGAGACAUGGGGUGGGCAGUGGAUGCUGGACGGAGCGCCGUGGUCGGGUGGCAGUGUGGGCCACAGGUGUACAAGAACAACCCCUACAGCGAAACCCCAUCCGUCUUCAGGAUCAGCGAGAAGAUGGGCAACUUGGGGAACAACAACGGCGCAUGGUACUACAAGCUGGGGCACUGCCCACGGAUGGCGAGGAACCCCGCACUGGAGUGUGUGCGGUGGUACCGGGAGGAGAGGACGCACCUCGGGGUUAUACGGCAGGAGCUUGCUCAGGCCUACAGCUGCCCGUGCAGCUUCUCACAGGUUCAGCUGGAUAGAAGGUUCUCCGUGUACACGGAUGGUUGUUUCUACGCCACUCUCCCCAGGCCAGGCUUCCACACUACGGCUACAAGGCGGUGUUGCUACAACGCGUAUGGAUCGCUGGAGGUUCAGUACCCGUCAGGAGGUCACUUCGUGCGGCACUCACCAUUCCUGCAACCCGCGGCCUUCCUGCGGGAAGACGUGGAGCCGCGCACCGUGUGCUGUGACCUGUCUGACCUCUGUGACCUGUACCUCACAGAACUCCGGCCUACAGAUGACUGCCACCUCUACCAAACUCCUACACUAGCGACAUACUACGGCGACCCCCAUCUGCAGACACUGGAUGGGUUGAACUACACCUUCAAUGGACUUGGCGAGUACGUUCUCCUUCAGGUUCAUGAUCAGCACAACACGCCCGUGUUCGAGAUCCAGGCCCGGACUGCAUCUGUGUCUACCGCCACCAACAGCAACAACGCCACCAUCUUCACUGCAGUCGUCCUGCAGGAUUACAAGGCACCAUCUUUCAUUCAAGUGGAGCUAUCGCAGGACAAGAAAGGUGUGCUAUUUUACGACAAUGAUAAUGAUAUCAGCGCUGACAUUAAAAGAGAUUUCAAGAAAAUUACUAGUUCCUCAGCCAUCUUGUCGAAUGGUCACGUCAUCACCGCCACACUACCUUCAGGAGUGAGCAUUAACAUCACCCACAGCGUGAAGAUGCUAGACGUUGCCCUCACCGUGCCCUCUGAUUGGCGGAAUAAUUCGGAUUUUAAGAUCAGUGGAUUGCUGGGAAAUUUCAAUGGCGACUAUACUGAUGACUUCACUCUACCAAACGGCACUACUCUGAACCAUACAAUGUCAGAUGAAGACAUAUUUCAUACGUUUGGAGAAAAAUGGCGCACCAGUUUGUCGAGCAUCAACAGGACGCGGGUGUUUAAGUACACCCGGGGGCGGAACUCUGCCUUCUAUCAGAAUCUGGAGUUUAUCCCCAUGUUUCUUGACAAUAUGAACACCACAGACAACGAUGCCGUGAAAGCAUGUGGGCAAGAGGACAUGGAGUGUAUCUAUGACUUCAUUGUCACUGGAGACGCCACCAUAUCAAACAACACCAAACACGUGAAGAAAACGGCUGCUGAGAAGAGGCUAUUCACAGAAAACCAUGUCCCUCGAGUGAUCGGCGAUCUGCAGGUGAACGCCACUGUCGGUGUAAGUGUCACUGUCGCCGCCACUGCUUUCGACGACGACACUGACCAGAACGUCACCCUCUUCAUGUCCGGAUCGUUCAGCAGCAAGAACAUGAGCAAAACCAAUAGCAGCAUUCAAUACGUUUUCACUCCCAAUGACACAACAUUUUUCAACAUAAGCAACAACGGCACAUGUUACUUCAUUACGUCACCCACCCGCAAUUUCCUCCCGUUGAACUGCGAGUGCCAGACUGGAUGGCUAGAUAUAGAUGAAUGCAGUGAUAACCAUGUUUGCAACGGAACGUGUCAUAACAUCCCUGGCAGUUAUCAGUGUACAUGCGACAAGGGCUACAAGCUGGCACCCGAUGGAAAAACAUGUCUAGACAUCAAUGAGUGUGAUGAGAGACUCGAUCGCUGUGAACAGGGGUGUAUCAACUCCCCGGGGAGCUUCCACUGCAGGUGUGUCAAGGGGUACAAAGUGACAGAAAGCGGGACAUGCGAAGACGUCGACGAAUGCAUCACCAACAAUCCCUGCAGCCACACCUGCCACAACAACGACGGCGGCUUUCUCUGUUCUUGCGACCCUGGAUACACGCUUGAGAGUGACAAGACGACGUGCCAAGCUUGCACGGAUCCAUUGAAGUUCGGAUUAAAUUGUUCAUCGAGCUGUGCCCAGUGUAAACAUCGUAAAGAAUGUCACCCAAAGAAGGGAUGCAUUUGUGAGGAUGGUUUUAACGGAAGUUACUGUAGCGAGGACAUAGACGAAUGUGCGAGAACACUCUCCCCUUGCUCUGACGACUACGAGAAUUGUGUCAACACCAUUGGUAGCUUUGUCUGUCGCUGCAAAGAAGGGUAUGGUAGAACUCUCAAAGGAGUGUGCCAAAAUAUCGAUGAAUGCAAGACUGGAGAUUAUAAUUGCCCGGAAGAUGCCAGUUGUCUUGACAACGAAGGGAGCUACAGGUGUAUUUGUGAUGAAGGCUACUCGGAGAACGGAACUAGUUGUAUAGACAUCGACGAGUGUACACUGAAGACAGACAACUGCGUGCAAAAUUGUGAGAACAUAAACGGCUCCUACAACUGUCUCUGUUACCCUGGCUACGUCAUCAACAGCGACGGCUUCAACUGCACUGUUGACAUAGAUGAGUGUACGACUAUAGCUCAGCAGAUCUGCACACAGAAGAGUUACUGUAACAACACCGACGGUGGCUACUUCUGUUACUGCCACAACGGCUUCCGUUUACAAUCUGAUAACGUCACCUGCAUCGCCAGUUAG